AUGAACGAUCGUCGUUUCUUACCCCGGGCUCCGGGGUCCAGACCUCGCCCAGCGAUUGUCUCAAACACCCGUUCUCUCCAAUUCGACACACAGCUCAGUCCAUAUCCCGCAAUACAGAAAGACCUUGACGAAACUUAUCGGAAGUUCACCUCGUACGCCGACAUCAUUGCCAGGGGACGCCCUUUGGUUCCCACAUUCUGGGACUCUAUCCUCCAAGCCGAGAUGGAACGAACAGCGGUUUUAAUGUUCGGCGAACCGCGCCCACGCAUGGUCGAAAAGAAUAUACAAACACCCAUCGAAUGGAGUGAUGUCCUUCGGGAGUUGCUGAGUCCCCGUGACUUCCAGCUCCGGGCAAAUGGCAUGUACCGGUGUCGUGUUCGGGGAAAGCUUAUCGAGAUCACCAAGGCGAAUUACAUUCAACUUAUCACUGGUGUCACGGAGCCUCGAGUGCAGCCGCUGCAAAACUUGUCCGACGAGCAGAAGGAGGAGCGGAUUCGCUAUAAGCUCGGGGAAUAUCUACAUGAAACACACAAUACCCUUGUGAAAUUUGCCACCACAGUACGUGACAGUAUUCGGCAUCUGAGUAAAUCGUCCACCGGAAGUGCUCCCAGGUCGAAUCCUAUUAGACAGAAGAUAGGACUAGUACCCACAAUUGCGGUACGACCAAAAUUUCGGUCUCCACAAACGCUGGACAGAAGUUCGGAUCGAUCAAGGAUCUCACAUCAUUCAAGCAAGUCUAUCUCCGAUUCGCAAAGUGGCGGUGAUGAUGAUCUGCCAGAGGAUGCAAAGCGAGAUGCAAAGCGAAAUGCAACGGAAUUGUCUCGAUGGGAGAUCUCCAAGGCUUUCGAGAAUGGCUUGGAGAACAGCAAGAAGGAUGGUGAUGGUUCGGUUGAAAACCGCCGCUUGCGAGCCGACAACAGCUCAGCGUGCGCACAAAAUGGCAAUAAUGAGAGGGCUUGGAGCGAGCCCACUGCCACCAUCAACAACCCUGUGGUCGUGAGCCGGGGCUUUGACACCAAUGCUGCGCUUUCUACCGCUAGCGGUCAAAAACGCCUUCGCGAUGACUCUGCUUCCCCCGGGAGACAUCAGACGCGGGAAGCGACAAAGCCAAAAAGGCUAGAUACGAGACUUCUCUUCCAAUCGCCGAUCGGGCGUCCUAUGACAAUGCAGGGCUACCUGAAUCAAGGCCUCCGAUGCCCUUGCCCAGUGUCCCGGCCCCUAACCAAGAUCUACGCUUAA